AUGCACGCAUGGCACGCUCGCUCGUUGAGUCGUCCUUUCUGUUACCGCGAGAUUGUGCUCACGGCCUCGACGCGCAAUCAGCGCUCGCACCGCGACUUUACCGCCGUCCACGUUAAUCUCGUGCUGUCGAUGUUCGGCGUCGGUAGCAGCACCCUCGAAGGCGAACACACCACGCGCUCUCUAGCUCCGAGCUGGACCUUACCCCCGAGCAUAACCGCACAGCAUCUUCGCGCUAUCGGAGGCCCGACGGACAAGUCUGUUCGGCGUAGACUUGCGAGCGACAUGAAGACGCGACACCCUUACCGGAUCAGCAUCAACCCGCGCAUCAUAAAGCUCUGGCCGCUCCCUCUACAUCGCGCUCGCAGACUCUACCUGGACACGACCGUCGAGCUCUUGGAGACUUGCGGGAUCAUGCUGCGACCUCGGUAUCUUCGCACAACCAACACCAGGUAG